AUGCCAUUCUUUACAUCUCUAAAUUGUUUUGAGUUGAUAGAAUAUCUAGGUUUUCUAUCAAUGCAUUUUCUUUUUAACAACAAAAAAAUUACUAGUAAAACAAGAGAAUGA